UCCAAUUAUAACCUUUGACAUUCACCCGAGAUACAUCCCACAACACCACACAUCAAGUGUCAACUUUGCGUGAAAAAUGAAAUAUUGCCCGAGGAUAUGUGAUAAUUUCGCCGUCACAACUCACGCAGGAUGAUCCACAGGAUGUUUCUCACGUAGAUAACGACUUUCUGUGUCUCCCGGAGUCCAUUUUGAGUUACAUCAUAGAUGGCGACCAUGUUCGCACAGCCUGGGCCGUCUGGCAUCGGAGCGACGGGCGAACGUAAAAUCUCUGCCUCGUCGCUACGCCGGGAGCCAACCUCCGCCACACAGGUCCAUGCUGCGGCUGUAAACGGCGACAAAUCCAUGCUACAGAAACUCAUAUUCGCUAACCCAGAACUGAUAGACAGUGGAGACCAGUUCGGCAGGACUCCCCUGAUGUACUGUGUGUUAGCGGACAGACCUGAGUGUGCAGAAACACUGCUGAAGACUGGAGCUAAUGUCAACAAGAAGGACCAGGGGGGAAGGACUGCACUGCACUUAGCUGCACACAGGGGUAACUUCCGCUGUUUGAAACUGAUGAUCUCCAAGGGUGCAAACUGGAGAGAGAGAGACAAGGAGGCAGUGACGGCCCUGCAUCUGGCCACUAAACACAAGAGCCCCAAACUGGUGGCCUUAUUGUUAAAACAGAUGGAGCCAGGGGAUGUGGACAUGCAAGAUGAAAACAAGAGAACGGCCCUUCAUUGGAGUGCUUCAUAUGGGAAUGCAGAACACGUCAAAACCCUCAUCAAGCAUGAUUUUAACAUUGGCAUCCCGGAUACAGCCGGGAAGACUCCCCUGCACUGGGCAGCCAGCAGUAAGGACCCCUCUGCUGUACAGGCUGUCAAAUACUUACUGGAGGCAGCUCCGAGUGUGAUCAACUGGCAGGACUACGAGGGUCGGACAGCCCUGCACUUAGCUGUGGCUGACGGCAAUGAGAAAGUCGUGGAUGUGCUGACAUCACUUGAGAAGUGCAAUGUGACAGCACUCGACAACAUGUUUAGGACCGCACUGCACUGGGCAGCAGUAUUAGGUUACCACAAGAUUGUGGACCUCCUGUUAAGAAGAAAUGCAGACUACAGCAGUUCAGACUCCAACGGUGCCACACCACUUCACUAUGCAGCACAGAACAACCAUGCAGAAACUGUGAAAGUGUUCUUCUCCCACGAGCAAGUCAAGGACGAACCUGACAUUGAAGGUCGCACGGCUCUCAUGUGGGCUGCUGGGAAGGGUGCUGAUGAUGUCAUCAGAGUUAUGUUGGACAACAAUGCAGAUAUCCAUGCAGCUGACAAGACAGGAGGAACAGGGCUCCAUGCAGCAGCCCUGUCCGGACAUGCUCAGUCUGUUAAACUAUUGCUGGAUCAUGGUGCAUCAGUGAAUGUGGUAGACAUGCUGAACUUGACCCCGCUGUUCCGUGCCUGUGAGAUGGGUCACACCGAGGUUGUGCAAGUGUUGGUAGAGGGGGGCGCCAACAUUGACAGAACGGACAGAGAUGGCAGAUCACCCUUACACUGGGCGGCACUGGGAGGCCAUGCCCACAUUUGUCAACUGCUGAUUCAGAGCGGACGAAACCCUGAUGUCAAGGACAAGUCGGGCCGGACCCCCCUGCAGUGUGCUGCCUAUGGAGGCUUUAUCAACUGUAUGGCAGUUCUCAUGGAGAACAUGGCAGACCCAAACUUACAGGACAAGGAGGGCAUGACAGCGCUGCAUUGGUCCUGCAGCUCGGGGUACAUGGACGCCUGUAAACUCCUGUUACAGUACUCUGCCUUCCCUAACCACAUGGAGUUCACUGAGGACAGGUUCACACCACUGGACUAUGCACUGCUGGGAGGUCACCACGAGGUGGCACAGUACAUGAUAGAACAGGGGGCAUUAUCAAUCACUGGGAUACAGGAUCUGGCUGCUACAAAACUACAGGCCAUGUACAGAGGUUACAGAGUGAGGAAAACCUUCCUGGAGAGGAAAAAGCUGAUGCUGAAACAUGAACAGCUCAGGAAGGAUGCAUUAGCUAAAAAAAGGGCAGAAGAGGAAAGAAGACAGAAGGAGGAGGAAGAAGAACAAAAGGCCCAGGAGGAGAAAGCAGUACCUGUUGCUGUAAAAGAAAAGAAAGUGGAAAAACGAGACAAGGAGCUGGAAACCAAAGACAUGGAGCCUGUAAAAGUCAAGGCCACAAACACCAAACAGACAGUUGUCAAGAAAAGACACAUGUCCUCUGAUAGUAAACCCAGUCUGGAGCUGUGUCCAGAAGAAAUCCUACAGCAGAAAAGACAGGCAGUCCAGCAGGAGAAGGAGAGACUACAGCUGAUCCGCAGGAAACAGCAUGCUGCAACUGUUAUACAGGAGGCAUGGAAAAGGUAUAAAGCCAAACGGCCUGACCUGUUCAAGUACACCAUGAUGGCUGUGGGUGAGAGAAGGAAAGAGUCAGCAGAGGACGAGUGGAAGAGGGAGGUGGCAGCUCUGACUAUCCAGCUGGCCUGGAGAAAAUACUUCAGGAGAAAACUCUUGAGGUCGCUGUCCCCCAGACAGAGGAGAAUCCUCCACCCCUGGAGCCCGGAGGUCCUGGCAGCUAAACAGAGAACACUGGUGGAGCAAGUCUAUGGUAUGUGCAAUUUGUAG